AUGUCUGUGGAAGCCAAACUAUAUCAUAUACCAUACUUUGUGUCAUCAGUUACAGCGCUGUGUGUUUAUGAACUUGGAAUAGAGGACAAGGUUGAGGUGGUGAUCGUUGGUCCCCAGGAGAUGAAGGAUGACUACCACUUCAUGAAGCAUCCACAGGGCAAGAUACCAUUCUACACCGAGGGCGACGACUUCACUCUGAUCGAGUCGUCCGCCAUCAUGCUCUACCUGCUCGAGAAGUAUGACGCGGUUGACAAGCGCCUCACCAACUUUGCCGACCUGCACCAACGCGGCAAGUUCUACCAGUUCCUGCUCAACUGCCCCUCGCAGAUCUAUCCCAACUUUGUCCAGCUCUACUCAUACCGCGUUCUGUUUCCCGAAGGACAUCCUGCACGCAAUGACAAGAUGAUCGCGACCAGCUUGGACGUUUGGCAUCUGGAGAUCGCACCAUUCCUCGUCGCAGAGUUGGGCAGCAAGCAGUACAUCGUUGGCGAUCAGUUCACCGCGGCCGACUGCCUCGUUGGCUACAACAUUGUGUUGGCAGAGAUGUUGGGUGAGCUGAGUGAGUACCCUACCUUGGUGGCAUACCUCGAGCGAAUUAAGUCACGUCCAUCAUUCACCAGGAUCUUCAGCGAGGAGAACAAACAAUACCUCUUCACACUUGAGCGUUAUGGCGACUCCCUUGAGCGCAAGAACAAACACAUCCAAGAGAUGAGAGCGGCCAGAACGCAAAGACUCAGUGAGGCUUCAUCAAAGUAG